ACAGCUACCAGGCUUGUUGGGUCUCUGUCUGUAGGUGGUCUCUGGGUCUGUGACUGUGGAACCACCCAGGUGGCUGAGUAUCUAGCUGGCAGCAGCUGGGGAUAGUGAGCACAGCACAACAAACCUCCUGAGCAGAGAUCUGAGAAGAAAGAGAAGCCUAGGAGAGCAAAGAGCUCUCAGGAGCCUUGCUUCUGGGGCUCUUGCUGGGUCUCCGGUGAAGAUUAUCAUUUGGCAGGAAGUGCAAAAUUGAAAAUGUUGACUUCCCCAGAGCCAAAGGGCCUUGUCCCCUUUACAGCAGAGUCGCUUGAGCUCAUAGAAAAUCACGUUGCGAAAAAAUGCAACGAAGAACAUGAAGAAGAUUUAAAGCCAAGCCCUUGUUUGGAAGCUGGCAAACAGCUUCCGUUUGCCUAUGGAAGCCUUCCCAAAGGAAUGGUGGCAGAGCCCUUGGAAGAUAUGGAUCCAUACUACUAUGUUAAGAGAAAUACUUUCGUGGUCUUAAACAGAAACAGAGUAAUCUUCAGGUUCAAUGCCGUUUCCAUCUUCUGCACGCUGUCUCCAUUCAGCUCUCUCAGAAGAGUAGCUAUCAAGAUGUUGGUGAAUCCCCUUUUUCGCCUGCUGAUUUUGAUUAGUGUCCUCACUGACAGCUUCUUUUUGUCGAUGACUAAUCCACCAGAGUGGACAUUGGCACUACAGAAUACUCUGCUUGGGAUUUACACAUUUGAAAUCCUUGUAAAAGUCAUUGCAAGAGGUGUCUGGGCAGGGUCGUUUUCAUUUCUUGGGAAUCUAUGGAACUGGCUUGAUUUCAGUGUGACCUUGUUUGAGCUUAUCACAAGAUUUUCGCCUCUCAACUUUCUUGUAAUGCUUAAAGCUGUAAGAACCUUGCGAAUUUUGAAGAUUAUUCCUUUGCACCAAGGCCUGCAGUCAAUUGUGGCAACACUGGCCCAGUGUUUGAAGAAACUAUUUGGUGCUAUAGUCCUAACUCUGUUUUCUCUGACUGUAUUUUCUCUACUUGGGAUGGGUCUCUUCAUGGGAAAUCUAAAGCACAAAUGUCUGCGUUGGCCACAAGAAAAUGAAAAUGAAACCCUGUACAACAGAACUGGAAGCCAGUAUUAUACCCCAGAAAGGGCGAACUUCUACUAUUUGGAAGGUGAGAGAUAUGCUCUGCUCUGCGGCAACAGGACGGACGCUGGCCAGUGUCCUGAAGGUUACGUAUGUGUAAAGGAGGGCACAAAUCCUGACAAUGGCUACACGAGUUUUGACAAUUUUGGUUGGGCCUUACUUGCUUUGUUUCGAUUGAUGACCCAGGAUUAUCCUGAAUUGCUUCAUCAACAGAUCCUUUAUGCUUCAGGAAAGAUCUACAUGAUAUUUUUUAUUGUCAUCAGUUUCUGGUUUGCCUUUUAUAUGGCAAGUUUGUUCUUGGGCACAGUUGCUAUGACCUAUGAAAAGGAAAAACAGAGAGUCUCCAAGAAAUCCAGAGACAUGGAACCCAAUGUUCAACAGACCACGAAAGAACACGAGGAAGGAAAUGAAGCAGCUGAGAUGAAAACAACAGAAAUAGAAAUGAAGAGAAGAUCACCAACUUCUGCGAGCACAGCGUUGGAUAUCCUGGAAGAGACUACCCUUGGACCGAAAGGAGAACCAGAAACAUCCAGGAAGAAAUGCCCACUGUGUUGGCAUAAGUUUACUAAAACCUGCUUCAUCUGGGAAUGCUGCCCUUGUUGGCUAAAGCUGAGCGAGCUUGCUGAUGGAAUUAUAGCACACCCAUUUGCUGAUCUUUUUCUUGUCAUGUGUAUCAUUUUAAACAUAUGUUUCCUGGCUCUUGCACAUUUUCCAAUGAGCGAGGAAAUCAUGUCUCUCCUUAGCAUUGGAAACUUGGUUUUUAUUGGAAUCUAUACAAUAGAAAUGAUUUUGAAGAUAAUUGCUAUGCAUCCAUAUGGGUAUUUCCAAGUAACCUGGAACAUUUUUGACAGCAUAAUUGUCCUUUUUGGAUUAACAGAAAUCUUCCUAGCAAGUAUUGAAGAGCUAACUGUUUUUAUUUUAUACCCGUUGAUAUUUAUUAAAUUGGGGAAAUAUUGUCCACCCUUUGAGAAUUUGGUCCGUAUUCUUGGGAACACAUUGAUGGCCCUGAAAGACUUGGUCCUGUUGCUCUUCUUAUUCAUUUACUUCUCUGCUGUGUUGGGCAUGAACCUGUUUGGUCAAAGUUACCAAGAUUGUGUCUGCCAAAUAGACGAAGACUGUCAACUCCCCCGUUGGCACAUGAGUGACUUCUUCCAUGCGUACAUGAACGUGUUCCGAAUUCUCUGUGGAGAGUGGAUAGAGACGUUAUGGGACUGUAUGGAGAUUGCAGGCCUGUCUUGGUGUAUUCCUUUCUACAUGAUGGUCAUUUUAAUUGGAAAUUUAUUGAUACUUUACCUUUUUGUGGCACUGGUGUAUUCAUUCAGUUCAUAUGAGGCUGCAGCAACAGAGGUGAACAAAGAAGCCAAAAACUUCCAGCUUGCCAUGACCAGGAUAAAAAAAGGAAUAAACUGUGUGCUUCUUAAAAUAUUGUGCACAAAAAGAACUGUUCCUACGGAAGCAAAAGACCAACUAUGUGACACAAGUGUUAAAGAUAUUUCUGGCCACACUCUUUCUGAACUGAGCGAUACCCAAACGUUCCUGAGAUAUAAGGAAAAGAACAGUAGCAGUGAGAAAACCCCAGUCACUGAAUCUGAAAGCCAGUCACUGAUUGCUAGUCCCAGUGUCUCAGAAACUGUGCCAAUUGCUUCAGGAGAGUCUGAUAUGGAAAAUCUGGAUAACAAGGAGACUCGAAGCAAGUCUGGGAACGGAGACAGUAAAGAGAAAAUGAAGCAGUCUAGUUCAUCUGAAUGCAGCACCGUUGAUAUUGCAAUCUCUGAAGAAGAAGAAAUGGUCUAUCAACGGGAAAAGCCAAAGCUUCACAAAAAUGGUUAUGAACGAAAAUCUUCACCAGGUCAUGUCAGUAGAGAAUCUCGGAAUGGAAAUAUUUGGAAGAACAUAAGGAAAACUUGCUGCAAGAUAGUGGAAAACAGCUGGUUCACGUGUUUCAUUGGCAUGGUCACUCUGCUCAGCACAGGCACUCUGGCUCUUGAAGAUAUAUAUAUUGAUCAGCGAAAAACCAUUAAGAUCUUACUAGAAUAUGCAGACAUGAUCUUUGCUUACAUCUUCAUUCUGGAGAUGCUUCUCAAGUGGGUAGCUUAUGGCUUUAAAGCCUAUUUCUCUAACACCUGGUACAAGCUGGACUUCAUGGUCGUCCUUGUGUUUUGUCUUAGCUUAAUAGGCAAAACCCGAGAAGAUCUGAAACCACUCACUUCCAUCAAAUUCCUUCGAGCACUCAGAGUUCUCUCUCAGUUUGAAAAAAUGAAGGUGGUUCUGACAGCUUUGAUAAAAACAAUGUCACCCACUUCGGGUGUGUUUCUGAUCUGCCUAAUGACCUGGCUGCUUUUCAGUAUUAUCGGAGUAUACUUAUUUGCUGGCAAGUUCUACAAAUGCAUAGACCCAACAAGUGGAGAAGUAUUCUUUAUACAUGAAGUUAUGAAUAAAAGUCAGUGUGAAAAUCUGGUAUUUAAUGAAUCAAUGCCCUGGGAGAAUGACAAACUGAACUUUGAUAAUGUUGGAAAUGGUUUUCUUUCUCUGUUCCAAGUGGCAACAUUUAAUGGAUGGCUGGGAAUUAUGUAUUCAGCAGUUGAUUCUGUUGAUGUAUAUAUGCAGCCUCUUUAUGAAUACAACCUAUACAUGUACAACUAUUUUAUCAUCUUUGUUAUCUUUGGACUAUUUCUCCCUCUGAGUAUGCUGGUUGGUGUUACUGUUAGCAAUUUCAACAAGCAGAAAAUUAAGCAGGGAGGAUCAAAUAUCUUUAUAACAGUAAAACAGAAAAAGCAGUACUGGGCACUGAAGAAGCUCCUGUAUGAAGACUCUCAGAGACCAGCACCCCGUCCCAUAAACAAGAUCCAAGGCUUCAUUUUUGACCUAGUAACACAUCGUGUCUUUAAUGUUAUCAUCAUAGUUCUUAUCUGUUUCCAAGCAACAACCGUUAUGAUACAAAAUGAUGAGCAGAGUCCACAAAUGGAAGCUGCCAUCUACUGGAUGAACUCCGUUUUUGUUGUGCUGUUCACUCUGGAAUGCAUGCUGAAGCUCGCUGCCUUCCACUGCCACUAUUUCACCGAUGUGUGGAAUGUUCAUGAUUUUACAGUGAUCGUUUUCUCCAUUACAGGAUUGUUGCUGCCUAUGACAAUAGGACAACACUUUGUGCCUCCUUCAUUUGUGCAACUAAUACUUCUCUCUCGGGUCAUCCACAUCCUGCGUCCCGGGAAAGGACUGAAGGUGUUUUAUGAUCUGAUGCUACCGUUGCUGCUGUCACUCCCUGCAUUGCUGAACCUUAGUCUUCUCAUCUUCCUGGUCAUGUUCACCUAUGCCAUCUUUGGAAUGUACAACUUUGCCUAUGUUAAGAAAGAAGCUGGAAUUAAUGAUGUAUCCAACUUUGAGACCUUUGGAAGCAGUAUGCUCUGUCUCUUUCAAGUUACAAUAUUUUCUGGUUGGGAUGGCAUGCUACAUGCAAUUUUCAACAGUCAAUGGUCUGACUGUGAUCCUGAUAAAAUUAAUCCUGGCACCCAGGUCAAGGGAGAUUGUGGGAGCCCUUCUCUUGGGAUUUUUUAUUUUGUCAGUUACAUCCUCAUAUCAUGGCUGAUCAUUAUUAAUAUGUACAUUGUGUUGAUCAUGGAGUUCCUGAGCAUUCCUUUUAAGAAAAAAAACAGGACCUUGAGUGAAGAUGACUUUAAGAAAUUCUUCCAGGUAUGGAACAGGUUUGACCCUGAUAGGACCCAGUACAUAGACUCUAGCAAGCUUUCAGAUUUUGCAGCUGCUCUAGAUCCGCCUCUUUUCAUGGCAAAACCGAACAAGAGCCAGCUUGUGGCUAUGGAUCUCCCUAUGGCUGCAGGUGACAGAAUUCAUUGCCUUGACAUCUUACUUGCCUUUACCAAAAGAGUGAUGGGAAAAGAUGAGAGAGUGGAGAAAAUUCUUUCAGAGAUAGAGUCUGGGUUUAUCUUAGCAAACCCUUUCAAAAUCACAUACGAACCAAUUACAACCACUUUGAAACGUAAACAGGAGGCAGUUUCGGCAACCAUCAUCCAGCGUGCAUAUAAGAGUUACCGCUUAAGGCAAACUGACAAAAACACAUCAGAUAUCCCUGUAAUAGAUGACGACAGAGAUGAUACCGCUUCUAAAGGUGUCCGUUCUGACAAAAUCGAGGAAAAGACAUCUAUUCAAACCCACAUCUAAUUUCAGUUCUCAUUUCUGAUUUCUUCCCACAUCUCCCAAACACUUAAUGUUUAAGUAUGAGUACUUAUCGCAGAGUAGAGAAAAUAAUUACAUGUUUGUGUGGCCACACAUCUCAUCUCCAGGCCAAACUCAUGUUCAUGUUCAGUCUGCCCUAUACGUCAGGGCCAAAAGCACCUCAAUAUUGGUGCAGUUAGCUAAAGCAGAUUACUGUUGUAAUUUGGCUAUUUAAUUUUUUACAUGGCUUGUCUGGUGUUGUCUCUAGUGGAAGAUGAGUGGGAGGAGAUGGGAAGAAAUGACAGUAAAAUUCAGCAGCUAAAUAUUUUUCCUUUUCUAUCUUUUAUAUGAUUUUACAGGCUAGGUCACCACUCCUGGGACUUAGUUUCAAAUAUGUGAUACUUCCUUAAAUUGAGACUGUGCUUCUGAAAUAAGAAGUAGUGGGUUAAAUCAGAAACUUAUAUAAAGAAAUGCUUCUGGCUGUAAGGGAAAAUGCAGUUCUUCAGAAAGUGCCUUUGAGUUCAGUCAUAGAGACAUUGGGGCUAAUUUGUAACAUAUACUUCUUAAGUUUGGCUGAACGCCUCUUUUUGCUUUUCUUCUUUGCUUUUCGUAUGCUUGCUUGGUUCUGUUGUGACAGUGGUGGUUUCACAGUUGUUUAGUUCUGAUUAGUGUAUGUUGGCUCAUUGGUUAGUGUGUGUUGCUUCAUUGCUCUUAGACUCCUCCUGGUUCCUCAUCACUCUGGCACACUGUGCAUGAGGUCCAGCUCAGCAACAGAUUGCAUUCAUAGAGCAAGAAGCAUAGACGAAUCUACACAUUGAACCUACAUUUUCUGUAUUUUUGUUACAUUUAUACUUUUUUUAAAAGUACACAUUUACUAAAUAGAUAUACUAGAUAUAUAAAGGUUAAUGGACUAAAGCUUCACCUCAUUAUCAAAACUGAUGGAUUUUUUGCCAUUUAUCCACAGCAAAUGCAUGCUAUCACAUAAAUUAGAAGAGUUCAAGGGAACCAGUGUGCCUAGGGAUUUUCAGUGCCCUAACCCUUAAUUAGGAAACUGGUCAAUUGAAAGUUCUUUUCAUUGCACUUUGUAUUUCCUGUAACUUAAAAAGGAAAGUGAUCCUUAAAACAAUAAGGACUAUGAAAUAAUAGACAAAACUAAGUUGGUAUUUUAUAACAUCAUUGUAUGUAAAUUAAUUUUAAUCGCUCAUUUAUCUUUCCCUUGUCAUUUGUUCUAUAUAUUGUCAUACAUAUACGUGCUCAUAAAAUGUUUUAUAUUUGAGAAUCUGUAAAAUAAAAGAUUAAUUUUCACUACUGACAUCAAUAUAAAUAGUUGAUUUUUACUUAUUCAUAAAAUUGUUUACUUCCCUUCAUGUAGUGUGAGACUCUGAUAUUUAUUCCAUUUAUAUGAAAACUGAUUUCACUGUGCCUAUGAAGUCCUUCAGAAUUAGACAGAAAACCAUACAUAUUCUGUUGACUUGCAAAGCAAGCUUUAAAUGUGUUUUAUGACACUCAGUGCAUUCAUGUCCUGGAGAUUGUAAUUUGUGAUUAAAUGCAUGGUCUUGAGCUUUAACUUCUGUUAUCCACUUCCGCUCCUCAGAAACUUAGUAAAUUAACCAACGUCCCUUGAAAGAUCACCUAAGUAAAUGUAAUUUCAGAGUCCAGUGGGUUAUUUUGACAAAAGUAUUUCCCUUUCAUGGUUCUCUCUGUCACGUGAUGGAGACAGGAAAGGCGUGGGAGGUUUAACUGGUGACAGCUGGCGUAUUAUCUCAACUUCUUGGAUUUCCAAUUUCUGGGAAUGACUUAAUGUGGAAAUUGCUGCAGAUACUAAAACUGAAUUGUGACUGGCUUCGUUUCCAUAAAUCCCAUGAAGACCACACACUAAUUUGAGUUUAAUAUCAUUUUGCUGUUACUUAUAAAGAAUGGUAAGCAAUAAUCAUCCAAAAUUGCAGGAAGGUGAAGGACUGUUGCCAUGUGUUCUACUUUGAGAUACUGCAAAACCAAAUAAAUGCCACCUGUUAAGCACACUUGGCUUUGUUCAUUUUUAUAUUAUAGGUUUGUAAGCCAGAUUAGCAAAUUCGAUUAGUAAAUGUGUAUGUAAUAUUCACACAGUAACUUAUUCAUUUUUUUCAUUCUCAUGACUGAGUGAAAAUCACCAUGUUGCCUGUGGAUCUCUGAUGUUUACGUGUCAGUGUUUGAUCAGCUAUCAAAUCUGUGAAAGAACAAACUGGGAUUUUACUGA